AUGAACGUCAACAAGAAACUCGGCCGUCUCAAGCAGUGGGCAGGAGAGAGGAUGGGGGGCGAGAUCAAGACCAACGUCUCGGACGACUUCAAGAUGCUCGAGAUGGAGAUGAACCUCAGGCAAGAAGGUAUGGAGCGUCUGAACAGGGCCAUGGCAGCACCAACGCAGCAGUUCAACUCGUAUGGCCGCCGUGCGACUCUGACUCGCUCCAACACCUCCUUUAACGAGCAUACGACGGGAGAAGACAUGUACCGAACUUCUUCCCAGCAGCAAGACACGCCCAGGUCCCGCGAGGCCACUCGACCGGCCCUAGGUAGCCGACAGCCAACAUUUGAGGGCCCAACACAGCUCCGGACCAGCAGGAAGCUGUCUCCAUCGCCGGCGCCAGCUCUACGAACCCCUCUCCGAACCGCGAGUGACACUAUCUCUCCGGCUAUUAUUGGCAACAACGCAGCCGGCAUAGCUAAUGCUCGCAGCCAGUUACGUGUCGUUAGUCAGGGGUAUAAUGGAGGAGGGGGGAAUGACGGAUACUACGACUCUACCACAGAUGAGGGGACGUCCCCCGUCAGAAACAGUCCAGACCAGUACUACAGUUCCACCAGCACGUCUCCGUUGCGGACUGUUCCGGCCUCAGGACAGGUUCCCACAGCAGUAUUUGGUUCAGGGUCAGGAACAGCAACUCCCAUGAAGAAAGCACCGCCGCCUCCGCCGCCAUCAAGGUCGAAGAAACCCCCACCUCCGCCUCCGCCACCAAAACGUUCUGUUUCUGCCUAUGCCGCCUAG